AUGGGGUUUGAUACAAUCAAAACAUCAACUGAAUUCCCUCCAAUCGAGACCGUACGCGAAAUGAUUACUUAUGAAACAAGCAUCCGACUAUCCGAGCCGAUUCAAGAACUCAUGAAAUUUUAUUACAACAAUGAGGCUACGUUGAGUCGGAUGCUCGAUCUCAUCCAACAACAUGCCGUGGAACAUUUUGGAUAUCAUGAUGUCAACGCUCUGCGAACUGCUUUACACCGUUUUCCAGAUGAUCCAGCAGUGAAAUUAGCUUAUUACGUUAAGCACAACAAGAUCACACAAGGUUUGAUCAGUCUAGGUCAGUGUGCGCGUGACGUCGAUUUGUAUACCACGGAAGGUCAGCUCAGGAAUCUUUUCUUACAAAUCACAGCUGGUCAGCCAUUAGUCAUUUUGGCUGGCUCAACUAGUUGA